UUCUCUUUUAAUAUUUUUUUUUCCUCCUUCUUCCCUCUUCCUUCUCUCCGUCGUCCACCUCAUUGGGAUCGGUGGUAUUUCUCGCUUCCCCCCCUCUCUCCUUCUCCCACACUCCAAGAACAAGAACUACAAAUUUAAAACAGCAUUGGAAAAGCGAAUUUUUUUUCUUUAAUCUCUAUAAAUUGUCCCAUCGCUCUUCCCCUUUCUCUCCUGUUCUACGGUUCUUUUUCUAAUACGAUCGAUCGAUUCCAUCGCCAUAGAUUUUAGGACUCAUGCCUGCCUAGGGUUCCGUCGGUGGAAGGAUCGGAUAUGACGGAUUUCCGGCAGAAGCGGGAGGACGCCGAUCGGGAGUUCCGGCAGGGCCUGGAGGAGCUGGUCCGCGGUCACAUCGACGGUUGCAUGACCGCCCUCGCCUCCUGCAGCUCCGCCGCUGACGACGACGACGACCACUCUGCCGCAGGAGGCGGCGGUGAAGCCCCCGACCUCCUCGCACGCAGGCGGCGGCGGUCGGACCUCGAGGGCGACGACCUUGCGGAAUCCUCCGCCGCUGCUCGACGUCACUCCCGGAUCCUGAGCCGGUGGGUCGCUCGGCAGGCCGAGGAGAUGAUCACCACCAUCGAGCGCCGGAACCGCGAGAACGAGCUCAUGGCCCUUGCCGGGCUGCACACUGUCUCCAUGCUCGAUUCGUCGUUCCUCCGCGAAUCCCGGCGCGCCGCCCAGUCGUCGGUCGAGCGCCCCGUGGCCGCCCGGGCCUCCUCCAUCCUCCAGCGCUGGCGCGAGCUCGAGUACGAGGCCGCCGCCGCUGCCGCCGUGAGGGACCGGAGGAGCCCCACCGUGGCCGGCAACCGCCACCGCAGACCAGUGGGAAGCCGGGCAGCGGAGCGCGGGGGCACGUCGGAGGAUGCCAGCGAGAGCGACGACAAUGAGUACCAUCGCUGGGCUCAGGAGCCAUUGAGUCCGGCCGGCAGAAGGCGGGAUGCGCAUUUGGUGGACGAUGACGAGGGCCGGGGUUCGAGCAGGGAGCAGUCCCCUGAUCUUGGGGACGGCGAGAGGGAGAGGGUGAGGCAGAUUGUUCGUGGGUGGAUGACGGAGAAUGGGAUAGCGGAUGAGGCAUCUCGGAUGUCGCCGAGGGCCGAGUGGCUCGGCGAGACGGAGCGCGAGAGGGUGAGGCUUGUGAGGGAGUGGGUGCAGAUGGCGAGCGAGCAGAGAGAAGCCCGGGCUAGCAGUAGGGAGGAGCGGGGGCGGGACGAGUCGGUGACGGAUCAUGAGGAAGGGCAGCCGGAGCACCUCCGGAGAGACCUGCCGAGGCUGCGCGGGAGGCAGGCCCGGCUCGAUCUGAUCACGAGGAUUGUGAGGGAAAGGCAGAGGGAGCUGCAGGGUUUGUCCGAGCAUCGGGCUGUUUCAGACUUCGCUCACCGGAAUCGCAUUCAGUCGUUACUCCGAGGUAGAUUUUUAAGAAAUGGAGGAUCAACUGAGGUAGAGAGGCCACCAUCGGUUGCAGCAAGAGAACUGGGUCAGCUAAGACAGCACCAUCCUGUCACUGGCUUGAGGGAAGGAUUUCGCUACAGACUUGAAAAUAUUAUCCGUGGUCAAGCUAGCAGCCAUUCCGAUGCUUCGGUUAACAUCAAUGGCUCUAGGAAUGAUCAGCCUCGUAGUCAUAACAUCAGUAGCUCUAGAAAUGAUCAAUAUCAACCAAGUACCAUAGCGGAGGUGUCAAUUGUUAACCAUAAUUCAUCUCAAGUUACUAAUGUGAAUGGGGAGACAAAUGAAACAAUUGAGACACAUGAAGCCACUGAAGUGGAAAGCAACAUGCCAAAUGAUAAUAUAGAUUGGCAAGAAUCUGCUACUCAAGGGGUGAGUUGGCAGGAAGAUACAGAACAUGGUCAGAGGGACUGGCAACAGUCUAUUGAAGUUGGGUAUAGUGAAUGGCAUGAUGGAAUUGGAGAAGAAUCUGAUGGGAACUGGCGGGAGAAUAUGGACCAGGAAUGGUCUCGUGAAACACCUGAAGAUGAAGAUGGAGAAGAUGGUAAUCUCCUAGAAGCAAAUGAGGAGUGGCAUGAGGAUGAUUCUCAAGAAAAUGUUGCAGACUGGCAAGAUGGACCUUCGGAUCCUCCAAGAGAUCAAGAAUCCAUUUCUAUGAGAAGAGUCCAUAGAUUUAUUCCACCUGAUGAUGACAAUGUGUACAGCAUGGAGCUUAGGGAGCUCUUGAGCAGGCGAAGUGUCUCUAAUCUUCUUCGAAGUGGGUUCCGUGAAAGUUUAGACCAACUGAUACAAUCAUAUGUUCAACGGCAAGGACGUGCUCCCUUUGAUUGGGACCUGCAAGGAAGCAUGCCUACUGCAUCCCCUGGGGAAGAUCAGGCCCAGCAGAGAGAUGAUCCAAAUCAGGACCAGCAGGAAGCUAGUCCCAGGCCUUCACUUUUGCUGCCACGUCCACCAGUGCCACCUCCACAACCAAUGUGGCACACAGAAUUGCAUCACAAUAAUUGGACUCGACAGAGCACGCAUCGUUCAUAUAUUGAAUGGGAUAUAAUUAAUGAUUUAAGGGCUGACAUGGCUAGGCUUCAGGAAGGGAUGAGCAAUAUGCAGCGUACAUUGGAGGAAUGCAUGGAUAUGCAAUUAGAGCUGCAGCGCUCUGUUAGACAGGAAGUUUCAGCUGCCUUGAAUCGCUCUGCUGGAAAAGGUGUCAGUGGAGAAUCAUCAGAAGAUGGAUCCAAAUGGGGUCACGUUAGGAAAGGGACUUGCUGUGUCUGUUGUGAUAGUCAUAUUGAUUCCCUUUUAUACAGAUGUGGGCACAUGUGUGCUUGUUACAAAUGUGCUAACGAGUUGGUUCGAAGUGGAGGGAGGUGCCCAUUGUGCCGUGCGCCCAUUAUUGAGGUGAUCAGAGCUUAUUCCAUACUAUAGGAUUAAUAAAUUAGAUUAAAGGGAUGGAGGGAAGAAAAAGUUGCAAGGGGCCUUGAGUUUUGGUAGCAAAAAUUGCAUAUCAGGUUUGUCCUGGGUGUAUCUAUUAUUCUCCAUUUUUUCUUUGCCUCUUGUUCUCCGAUUAUUUUUUGACAUGUGGAAAUGUUGAGUGGAUUCACAAGUGGCAUCUUUUGGUCACAUCGGUAUCUCAAUAAAAGAAAUUGAAUGGAAUUCCUUUAA